CUGAGAGACAGCUAAUUCAAUACAGUCUAGUAUAGAGAACUCAGUGCUGUACUGGGGAUCUGAGAGCCAGCUAAUUCAAUACAGUCUAGUAUAGAGAACUAAGUGCUGUACUGGGGAUCUGAGAGCCAGCUAAUUCAAUACAGUGUAGUAUAGAGAACUCAGUGCUGUACUGGGGAUCUGAGAGCCAGCCUAUUCAAUACAGUGUAGUGUAGAGAACUCAGUGCUGUACUGGGGAUCUGAGAGCAGCUAAUUCAAUACAGUACCAGCAGACCUGUCUCAGAGGGGGGAUGGACGGUACUUGUAACAGCAGCGGCAGGGAGCAGCUGGGUCUGGGCUUCACCAUCGACUACCUGCUCUACGACAAGGGCAAGAACACAGGUUCAAAUAAAGAACAGGAGGGGGAGGCGCUGGGAAGAGAGACGCUGAAACCCUCCCCCGGCCCCAGCGCCAGCCCGGCCCGAAGCCCCCCUCCAGAGCGGGGAGACGGGGGUCCCUCGGAGGAGCAGCAGGGGGAGAGGCACGACAAGCCAGCGCAGUCCUACAUCGCUCUCAUCGCCAUGGCGAUCCUGGAGUCCGAGGACAAGAAGCUGCUGCUCGGUGACAUCUACCAGUGGAUCAUGAACAAGCACUCUCACUUCAGAAGCAAGGAUAAGAACUGGCGCAACAGCGUGCGGCACAACCUGUCCCUGAACGAGUGCUUUGUGAAGGCCGGCCGCAGCGACAACGGCAAGGGCCACUACUGGGCCAUCCACCCGGCCAACUACCAGCACUUCAGCCAGGGAGACUACCAGCGCCGCCGGGCCCGCAGACGCAUCCGCAGGGCCACGGGGGGGCUGGGGUACCCCCUCCCUCUCCCACUGCACCUCCCGCCCUGCUGGUGCUGCCUGCCCUGCCCCCCCAGCCGCCUGUACUGGAGCUGGGGGAUCCCGUCUGUGCACAGGCCCGGCCCCACGCAGGCCUUCCUAUAGGAGCUGUGCAGGCAUCGCUGCACCAACACAGGGGGCUACACCGGUACUGCUCUAGAGGCUCUGCAGACAUUCCUACAGGGGCGAUACAAGCCAGCCCCACUGCAGACACUCCCGUACAGGGACAGAGCCCCGAGGCGCUGCAGCCUCCAGCCCGGGUUCGAAGGCAGGGUGCGGCAGGAGGGGAGGGGCUGAGCAGCGAGCGCUCACCAGGACCAGAGCACAGCUUUCUAUUGCAGAGGGGCUUGCGUUGUUGCACAAUGUAAAAUAAAAACAAUAGAAUUGAAUCAAACUGAAACUGUGCAUUAUUUUUUCUGUCCUG